AGUGCUUGCGGCUCCAGCAAAGAAAGACACACCGAAGAGCCGCCUUGACCGCAAAGAGAUGGCAGGCGAGCAAACACCUUUAAUGGAUGAGCGAGCUGCGAACCCCGAUGAGUCUGGCUCGGGCUUUGGGCUGUUGGCAGUCAUCCUCAUCGUCCCUCGACUGGUUGGCGCUGGCAUUGGCUUCGGCAUCUACAAGCUGGGAGACACUGUGAAAUAUGACCUCCACUUGGCGAAGCUCCAACACGAUGCCUAUGGAUUUUUCUUUGUGAGCAUCUACCUUUUCUCCUUCAUGGUCCACUUCAUCAAUGUGUUCCCUAUGGUCUACAAAGGCAAGAUCAUGAAACAAGAUGCAGGCAACUUGAGGGCCAACAUGCUGAUCUACCGAACCCUGGGCUCGGACAGUAAACAGCAAGUGAUCUUAGAGGAAGAUGGCCCUGUGGGCGAGUACAAUCGUGCCAACCGCUCGUUGGGGCACUUCGUGGAAAACUCCGCAGGGGCGAUGCUUUGCAUGCUCCUGGCGGGGUACGUUUUCCCCUUCCCUGCUGCUGUGCUGGUGGUGAUCCUGCUGCUGGGCCGCAUCGUCCAUCAGAUUGGCUAUGCCUCGAGCUAUGGCAAGCAUGCACCCGGUUUCAUGCUGCACAUGAUUGGAGCGGUUCCGUGCUCAGAAGUGGGGGAACGACAGGGGUGCCAGUCCGAAAAAGGGUGCCAUCAUGCGGCAUAUUUGUAUCUCACUGUCGUUGUAGAGUGGUUGGAGGUGGUUGGAGAGGGGGCAUCCACCUACAGAUCGCUCCCUUCCCUCCCUUCCCUCCUUAGGCACUUCGGUUUUUCCUGAGCCCGAGCAAGGGUGUGGCCUGCUUCCAUUGAUAGCGAGUGACAAGGCAUGAUCCAAUUCCUUAUGAACAGGUCCUUCAUUAGUGGGCUCCUGAACAUUUCAGAUUUGUGAUGUAUUGUAGGACACAGCACUGCAUGACGGUGGAUGUUCUCUCCGCCCUUCCAAAAAGGAGUGAUCCCUCUUGGCUCUUGGACGUCCUGGUCCUUCCCCCGCCCUUCCUAGGCUGGCUUGGAAGGUUUGGUGCUCAUGUCCGCCUAUCAUCUGCUGUUCUGAGACUGAGACUUCGGUCCAGUCCUAGCGAAGCCCGCGGUUUGCAUCGAAGCCAUGCGAUCGCGAGGGCCCGGCGAUGGGCGAUGCCUGGAUGGGCGAAAACGAGGCACUGCUAGGGAGACCUGAAGGUUGC